AUGAUAAGCCCUUCCAGUUUUGCUGCAGAGCUAGAGGAAUACCAGCUACAGAAACUAAGAAGGUGGCCUGAAGUUGCAAUUUGCAAAGGUGAUGUGAACAGCAUUCGUGUCGGAUCUGGGACAAAUAUACAAGACAAUUCUCUUGUGCAUGUUGCAAAAUCUAACCUAAGUGGGAAGGUCUUGCCGACCAUCAUUGGUGAUAAUGUUACAAUUGGUCACAGUGCCGUGUUACACGGAUGCACUGUUGAGGAUGAAGCAUUUGUUGGCAUGGGUGCAACCCUGCUAGAUGGUGUAGUUGUCGAGAAAAAUGGAAUGGUUGCUGCUGGAGCCCUUGUAAGGCAGAAUACCAGAAUCCCUUGUGGAGAGGUAUGGGGAGGCAAUCCUGCAAAAUUUCUGAGGAAGCUCACUGAAGAAGAGAUUGCUUUUAUCACCCAGUCCGCAACCAACUAUUCCAACCUGGCCCAGGUUCAUGCCGCGGAGAAUGCUAAAUCUUUUGAUGAGAUCGAGUUCGAGAAGGUGCUCCGCAAGAAGUUCGCACGUAGGGACGAGGAGUAUGAUUCCAUGAUCGGAGUGGUUCGUGAGGUGCCGCCCGAGCUGAUCCUUCCCGACAACAUACUUCAAAACAAAUCCCCAAAACCUACUCAGUAACAUGUCUUAAUUCAUUUUGAGGUUCUAAAAAUCUCUCUUCAAUCAAACACUCGGAUAAUUUAUGCUGGAGAUGUUUAGUGAGUUUGGUGGGUUUAUGCUUUUCUUUUGCCAUCCCAAUAAUUUUGGGUCGAGCUUUGUUUUAGGAUCGGCCAUGUAUGUACCCUUUCGAUAAAAUCGGAUGUUCCCUUUUGUUUCCAUCUUCUUAUGCAUCCAAUCCAAUGCAAAGGUGAUAUUUAUACAAUUGAUGAUGUUUAUCCUGCAGAAACAGGGAAAGAAUGUUUCCACUUGUAGUAUCUUAUGAAAGAGUCUCCUAUUUGUACUAGUUGAGUAAUUUAGAUUGCAUAAGUUCGGGUUACGUUCGA